UGGGCAUCCCCUCAGACUGCCGAGUUUCACUUUCCUGUUCCAGAUUUGGUUAUCCUGGGCCUGACGAAGGCUUGGGGUCUACACUCGCGACNGGACAAUUUGGCUCCGGCAAUGGUUGUUGGGCGCAGCUGUAUCAACCGCUUUGACUCUCUGCGCCCGCAUUCCGGACCAGGUUGA